AUGUCUCGUGAGUUCGAGAUGACAGACGUAGGGCUCAUGUCAUACUACUUGGGCCUAGUAGUGAAGCAGAUGGAGGAUGGAAUUUUUAUCUCUGAAGAAUGCUAUAAAAAAGAGAUAUUGAAGAAGUUCAACAUGCUCGAUUGCAACCCUGUUAACAUACGGAUGGAGAGUGGGACAAAAUUAUCCAAGCCAGAUAUACUCUUUGAAGUUGGAGUAGUAUGCCGCUUCAUGGAAGCUCCUAUCUCUACUCAUUUGAAAGUCACUCGAAGAAUUCUUCGUUGCCUAAAAGGUACGAUUGACUUUGGGUUAUUUUAUUCUUCUUCUAAUAAUUUUAACCUUAUGGGAUAUUGUGAUAGUGAUUAUGCGGGAGAUAUUGAUGAUAGAAAAAGUACAAUUGGUUUUGUAUUAUUCUUGGGUGAUUCUUUUAUUUCUUGGAGUUCAAAGAAACAAUCAGUGGUUACUCUCUCGACUUGUGAAGCAGAAUAUGUAGCAGCAACAUCUUGUACGUGUCAUGCUAUUUGGCUGAGAAGAUUAUUGAAGAAGCUCAAUUUGCCACAAAUUGAAGCUACAGAGAUUUGUAUCGACAACAAAUCCGCACAGACACUCGCGAAAAAUCCAGUGUAUCAUGAUUGA